AUGCGGCCGCAGGGUGCGCCCGCCCGCCGCUCGCCGCCCGCCGCCCCGUCGGUGCUGCUGCUGCUGCUGCUGCUGCUGCUGCCGCCGGUGCUGAGCCGAGGUACGCGGGGCGCCGGCGGGGCUGCGCGUGGGUCGGACGGGGGGGCGGCGGCGGCGGCGGGGCUGGACGGGGAGCUUCGGGGGCCUCCGCUCGGCCGCCUCGGGCGCUCAUCGCCCCCUCGGGCUGGCCGAGCCUGGGCCGGGCCAGAGUUGGCUGCUUGCGGGCCCUCGACGGACGGACGGACGGACGGACGGCCAGCGUGCCGGGGCGGGGCGGGGCGGGGCGGGGGGCCGCGGCGAAGAGGCGAGCGUGGGCCUGAGGAGCCUCGCUUGGGCUCGGCCGGCGUCCACGGCGGACCGGGGCCCGGGGCCGGCCUGGAGGCGCACGUCCACCCGCCGCGGGGCCGGGGCUGCAGGCGCGCCAGUCCCCCGGAGCCGGCGGGGUCGUCGGAGGAACCGUCGGGCGGUCCUCUCCUCCGCCCUUUCCGAUGCACCCAGCCUUUUGAAGCCUGCUUGAACGGAGGGAAGUGUGAGACGUUCCCCAAUGGAACAGGGCUGUGCUUGUGCCCCAACAAUUUUGUUGGCAACCGCUGCCAGCUGCGGCACCCCUGCCUCAGCUCUCCCUGCAAGAAUGCCGGCACCUGCCAUGCCAUUGUCCACGAUAACACUGUGGACUACGCUUGCACGUGCCGCUUGGGCUUCACUGACCGGCUUUGCCUGACUCCUGAGGAGAACGUCUGCCUCAGCAGCCCCUGCCGCAAUGGAGGGACCUGUGAACUCCUCACACUGACGGAGUACAAAUGCCGCUGCCCUCCAGGCUGGUCAGGUAAGACUUGCCAGCAGGCAGAUCCAUGUGCCUCUAACCCCUGUGCUAACGGUGGGCAGUGCGUGCCUUUUGACUCGAGCUACGUGUGCAAGUGCACGCUAGGCUUCCACGGAGCCAACUGCAAGGAAGACGUCAACGAGUGCAGCCGCACACCGCCCAUCUGCAAGAACGGUGGGACCUGCGUCAAUGAGAUCGGCUCCUUCCAGUGCCACUGCAGGCAGGCAUACACAGGCCACACUUGUGAGCACCUCUAUGUGCCCUGCUAUCCCUCCCCCUGCCAGAAUGGGGGCACCUGUGGCCAGACCGGGGACACCACCUAUGAAUGCACCUGCCUUCCAGGUUUUACUGGCCAGAACUGUGAGGAAAAUCUUGAUGAUUGCCCAGGAAACAGCUGCAAGAACGGAGGCACCUGUGUGGACGGGGUGAACACCUACAACUGUCAGUGCUUGCCUGAAUGGACAGGCCAGUACUGCACUGAAGAUGUGGAUGAAUGCCAACUGAUGCCCAAUGCUUGCCAGAAUGGUGGUACCUGCCACAACACACAUGGUGGCUAUAAUUGUGUGUGUGUCAAUGGCUGGACGGGUGAGGAUUGCAGCGAGAACAUUGAUGACUGUGCCAGCGCAGCCUGCUUCACAGGGGCCACCUGCCAUGAUCGCGUGGCUUCCUUCUACUGUGCAUGUCCACAUGGACGAACAGGUUUGUUGUGCCACCUUGAUGAUGCUUGUAUCAGUAACCCAUGUAAUGAAGGCUCCAACUGCGACACCAACCCUGUCAAUGGAAGGGCCAUCUGCACCUGCCCCUCGGGCUACAUGGGACCCGCUUGCAAUCAGGAUGUGGACGAAUGUUCACUGGGUGCCAACCCUUGUGAACAUGCUGGGAAAUGCCUCAACACAGAGGGCUCCUUCCAAUGUCAGUGUCAACAGGGCUACUCUGGCGCUCGGUGCGAGAUUGACGUCAAUGAGUGCUCCUCGAAUCCGUGCCAGAAUGAUGCCACCUGUUUGGACCAGAUUGGGGUCUUUCACUGUAUUUGCAUGCCAGGAUACGAGGGCGUUUAUUGUGAGAUCAACACAGACGAGUGUGCUAGCAGCCCCUGCCUCCAUGAUGGGAACUGUGUGGACAAGAUCAACGAGUUUGUUUGCGAGUGCCCCCUGGGCUUCAAUGGUCACCUGUGCCAGUAUGACAUUGACGAGUGUGCCAGCACGCCCUGCAAGAACGGAGCCAAGUGUGUGGAUGGCCCCAACUCCUACACCUGUGAAUGCGCAGAAGGUUUUGCUGGUCCCCACUGUGAAACUGACAUUGAUGAAUGUGACCCGGACCCCUGCCACUAUGGGGCCUGCCACGAUGGCAUUGCCACCUUCACAUGCCUCUGCCAGCCUGGUUAUACCGGUCACCGCUGUGACAUCAACGUGAACGAGUGCCAGAGCCAGCCUUGCAAGAAUGGAGGGACUUGCCAGGACAGAAACAAUGCUUACCACUGCAUGUGCCUCAAAGGGACUACGGGAUCCAAUUGUGAAAUCAACCUAGAUGACUGUGCCAGCAACCCCUGUGACUAUGGCAGAUGCCUGGACAAAAUCAACGGUUAUGAGUGCACCUGUGAACCAGGAUACACAGGGAGAAUGUGCAACAUCAACAUUGACGAAUGCGCCAGCAACCCUUGCCACAACGGUGGCACAUGCAGGGACAGCAUCAACGGUUUCAUAUGCGUCUGCCCUGAAGGGUUCCACGAUGCCAUGUGCCUCUCAGAAGUGAAUGAGUGUAACAGCAAUCCCUGUAUCCAUGGGAAAUGCAAUGAUGGGCUGAACGGCUACACGUGUGACUGUGAUCUGGGCUGGAGUGGUACAAACUGUGACAUCAACAACAAUGAGUGUGAAUCCAACCCUUGCAUGAAUGGUGGCACCUGCAAAGACAUGACCAGUGGCUACAUCUGCACCUGUCUGGAGGGGUUCAGCGGUCCCAACUGCCAGACCAAUAUCAAUGAAUGUGCUUCCAACCCUUGCCUGAAUCAAGGAACUUGCAUUGAUGAUGUUGCCGGCUAUCAGUGCAGUUGCCUGCUACCGUACACUGGGUCCACUUGCGAGAAUGUGCUGGCUCCUUGCGCAGACGCUCCCUGUAAGAAUGGUGGGGAAUGCAGAGAGUCUGAAGACUACAAGAGCUUCUCGUGUGCCUGCCCUGCAGGGUGGCAAGGACAAACCUGUGAGAUUGACAUUAAUGAAUGUGUGAAGAGCCCCUGUCAGAACGGCGCUGUGUGUCAGAACACGAACGGGAGCUACCGCUGCCUCUGCAAGCCCGGGUUCAAAGGCCCCAGCUGUGAGACAGACAUUGAUGAUUGCCAUCCCAACCCAUGCCACAAUGGUGGCUCCUGCUCCGAUGGCAUCAACGCCUUCUUCUGCAACUGCCAGGCAGGAUUCCAGGGUCCCAAGUGCGAGGAGGACAUCAACGAGUGUGCCAGCAACCCCUGCAAGAACGGGGCCAACUGCACGGACUGUGUCGACAGCUAUACCUGUACCUGUCCCUCAGGCUUCAGUGGAUUCCACUGCGAGAAUAAUACACCUGACUGCACAGAAAGCUCCUGCUUCAAUGGGGGAACAUGCGUGGAUGGGAUCAACACCUUCACUUGCAUGUGCCCGCCUGGCUUCACUGGCAUCUACUGUGAGCACGAUAUCAAUGAGUGUGACUCCAAGCCUUGCCUGAAUGGAGGCACCUGCCAGGACAGCUAUGGGACUUACAAGUGCAGCUGCCCUCAGGGCUACACGGGCCUCAGUUGCCAGAACCUGGUGCGCUGGUGUGACUCCUCCCCUUGCAGAAAUGGCGGACACUGCCUGCAGACAGGCAACCUAUACCGCUGUGGGUGCCCCAGAGGCUGGACGGGCCUCUACUGCGACAUCCCCAAUGUCUCCUGCGAGGUGGCAGCUAAGCAGCAAGGUGUGGACGUAGCACACCUGUGCAGGAACUCGGGCCUGUGCAUGGACACAGGCAACACACACUUCUGCCACUGCCAAGCCGGCUACACUGGCAGCUACUGUGAGGAGCAGGUGGAUGAGUGCUCCCCGAGUCCAUGUCAGAACGGGGCCACAUGCACCGACUACCUUGGAGGCUACUCAUGUGAGUGUGUUCCUGGCUAUCAUGGGGUUAACUGCUCGGAGGAGGUCAACGAAUGUCUUUCUCAGCCCUGCCAAAAUGGAGGAACCUGCAUUGACCUCAUCAACACCUACAAAUGUUCUUGUCCUCGAGGAACUCAAGGGGUGCACUGUGAAAUCAACGUGGAUGACUGCAGCCCCUUCUUCGAUGCCCACACCUUGGCCCCAAAGUGCUUCAACAAUGGCAGGUGCGUGGACAGGAUCGGGAGCUACAGCUGCAUUUGCUCACCAGGCUUUGUGGGGGAGCGCUGUGAGGGGGACGUCAACGAGUGCCUCUCCAACCCAUGUGACCAACGCGGGACCCAGAACUGUGUGCAGCGCAUUAAUGACUACAUAUGCGAGUGCCGGCCUGGCUACUCGGGGCGGCAUUGUGAGAGCGUGGUGGAUGGCUGUCGAAACAAGCCUUGCAGGAAUGGUGGGACCUGCGCAGUUGCCAGCAACACUCAGCACGGUUACAUUUGUAAAUGCCCCCCGGGCUUUGAAGGGGCUACUUGUGAAAACGACUCGCGCAGCUGUGGGAGCCUUCGCUGCCUGAACGGCGGGACCUGUGUCUCCACCUCCAAGGGCUCCAAGUGCGCAUGCGCGCUGGGCUUCAUGGGCCCCGUGUGCCAGUUCCCUCCCAACAGCCCUUGCCACUCGAGUCCGUGCUACAACGGGGGGACGUGUCAGUUUGCCAAAGAGCCACCCCAUUAUCGGUGCCAUUGCCCCGUCAACUUCAAUGGGCUCAACUGCCACAUCCUGGACUUCGACUUCCCUGGGGGCAAGGGUCAGGACAUCCCUCCCACUUCCUUCGAGGAGAAGUGCAAGAUCCCGGGGUGUGCCAGCCAAGCGGGAGACAAGUUCUGUGACACCAAGUGCAACAACCACGCCUGCGGCUGGGACGGAGGGGACUGCUCACUCAACUUCAACGGCCCCUGGAAGAACUGCUCCCAGUCCCUGCAGUGCUGGAAGUACUUCAACGAUGGGAAAUGCGAUGCCCAGUGCAACAACCCCGGGUGCCUCUAUGACGGCUUUGACUGCCAGAAGGUGGAAGGGCAGUGCAAUCCUCUGUAUGACCAAUACUGCAAGGACCAUUUUUCGGAUGGCCACUGCGACCAGGGGUGCAACAACGCAGAAUGUGAGUGGGAUGGCCUGGACUGUGCCAACAAUGUGCCCGAGAAGCUUGCAGAUGGCACCUUGGUGGUGGUGGUUCUGACUACACCAGAGAACCUGAAGAACAACUCUUUCAACUUCCUGCGGGAGCUCAGUCGUGUCCUACACACCAAUGUGGUCUUCAAAAAAGAUGCCAAGGGGGAGUACAUGAUUUUCCCGUACUAUGGGAACCCUGAGGAACUGAAGAAGCAUCACAUUAAGCGGUCAGCAGAGAACUGGUUGGACGUGUCAAGUGCAGUCUUCCAAGUGAAGACUUCCCUCUACUCGAGGGUCACUCGAGAGCUGGACCAGCUGGACAUCUAUGGCUCCAUUGUCCACUUGGAGAUCGACAACCGCCAGUGCAUCCAGUCCUCCUCGCAGUGCUUCCAAAGCACCACUGAUGUCGCGGCCUUCCUUGGCGCCUUGGCCUCUCUUGGCAACUUGGACAUCCCUUACAAAAUUGAAGCUGUUAAGAGUGAAAUUGCCGAUCCCCCAGGGAGCGCUCCGUGGUAUCUCAUGUACGUGGUCGUGUCUACUCUCAUUCUCCUGAUAGUUGUUGGCGUCGGAGUAUUAGCAUCCCGCAAGCGACGGAGAGAACAUGGACAGCUUUGGUUUCCCGAGGGCUUCAAAGUGACAGAGUCGAGCAAGAAGAAACGACGGGAGCCCCUUGGGGAGGAUUCUGUGGGGCUGAAACCCGUGAAGCCCAUGUCUAACGGCACUCUGAUGGAUGACAACCAGAACGAAUGGGGUGAUGAAGAAACAUUAGACACGAAGAGGUUUAGGGUGGAGGAGCAGGCCAUGCUGCCAGACGUGGAUGACCAUACUGACCAUAGGCAGUGGACACAGCAGCACCUGGAUGCGGCUGACCUGCGCAUUUCCUCCAUGGCUCCCACUCCUCCGCAAGGGGAAAUCGAUGCAGAUUGCAUGGAUGUCAAUGUUCGAGGACCAGAUGGAUUCACUCCACUGAUGAUUGCCUCGUGCAGUGGAGGAGGGCUGGAAACGGGCAACAGCGAGGAGGAGGAGGAUGCCCCAGCGGUCAUUUCAGAUUUCAUCUACCAGGGGGCCAGCUUGCACAAUCAGACAGACCGCACGGGAGAGACAGCGCUCCAUCUGGCUGCACGCUACUCCCGCUCGGAUGCUGCCAAGAGGCUUCUGGAAGCCAGUGCUGAUGCCAACAUCCAGGACCACAUGGGCAAGACACCUCUCCAUGCUGCUGUGUCGGCGGAUGCUCAGGGUGUCUUCCAGAUUCUGAUCCGGAACAGAGCCACAGACCUGGAUGCACGCAUGCAUGAUGGGACGACGCCUUUGAUCUUGGCUGCCCGCCUGGCUGUGGAGGGCAUGCUGGAGGACCUCAUCAACUGCCAUGCAGACGUCAACGCAGUGGAUGAUCUAGGAAAGUCUGCUCUGCACUGGGCUGCGGCCGUGAAUAACGUGGAAGCUGCAGUCGGGUUGCUGAAAAACGGGGCCAAUAAAGACAUGCAGAACAACAAGGAGGAGACCCCUCUGUUCCUGGCAGCCAGAGAAGGGAGCUAUGAAACCGCCAAGGUUCUCCUGGAACACUUUGCCAACCGUGACAUCACAGACCACAUGGAUCGCCUGCCACGUGACAUUGCCCAAGAGCGCAUGCACCAUGAUAUUGUUCGCCUGCUGGAUGAAUACAACUUAGUGCGAAGCCCACCUUUGCACAGUGGGUCUAUGGGGGCUCCCACCCUCUCUCCGCCCCUGUGCUCGCCCAGCAGUUACAUUGGCAACCUGAAGCCUGCUCUCCAGGGUAAGAAGGCCAGGAAGCCGAGCACCAAGGGGUUCAGCUGCAAUGGGAAAGAGUCCAAGGACCUCAAGGCCCGCAGAAAGAAGUCACAAGAUGGGAAAGGGUGCCUGCUGGACAGCUCCAGCGUCCUCUCACCAGUGGACUCCUUGGAGUCUCCCCGUGGGUACCUGUCGGACGUGGCCUCCCCUCCCUUAAUGACUUCACCCUUCCAGCCAUCUCCCUCCAUGCCUCUCAACCACCUGCCUGGCAUGCCUGAUGCCCAUAUGAGCAUGAACCACCUCAACAUGGCAGGCAAGCAAGACAUGCCCAUGGGCGCCAGCCGGAUGCAGCCUUUCGAAGCAGUGCCCCCACGUCUCUCCCACUUACCUGUCUCCAGCCCAAAUACCCUCAUGAGCAGUACGCCAUUGAGUUUCACAGUGAGCGGGGGUCCCAGCCUGAAUGGACAAUGUGAUUGGCUGAACAGGCUGCAGAACGGCAUGGCGCAGAACCAGUACAAUGCCAUGCGGAAUGGCAUCCAGCAAGGGGCACAUCAGCAAAACCAAGGUCUGCAGCAUGGGCUGAUGACCUCCCUGCACAAUGGCCUGCCCACCACCGCCUUGUCCCAGAUGAUGAGCUACCAGGCCCUCCCCAACAGCCACCUGCCGGCCACCUCGCAGCCCCACUUGCUGCAGGCUCAGCAGCUGCCACAGAUCCAGCCACAGCAAAACAUGCAGCAGCAGCCCCACAGUGCCCCCUCAAACGCUAGCACCCACAUCAGCCAAAACUUCCUUGGGAACGAGCUGAGCCAGCCCGACAUGCAGCAAGCGACCGGUGGUGCUUUGGCCAUCCACCCCAUUAUGCCUCAAGAUACCCAGAUCCUUGCCACCUCCCUGCCAUCCACCCUCACCCAGCCAAUGACAACCACUCAAUUUCUCACCCCACCUUCUCAACACAGCUACUCCUCCCCGUUGGACAACACUCCCAGUCACCAGCUUCAGGUGCCCGACCACCCUUUCCUGACACCUUCCCCGGAGUCACCAGACCAAUGGUCAAGCUCGUCUCCUCACUCCAACCUGUCCGAUUGGUCAGAAGGCAUCUCGAGCCCUCCUACCAGUAUGCCCUCGUCACAAAUGGGACACAUCCCAGAAGCCUUCAAGUAAAGGG